AUGGAGGAACUGGUUCAGGACUUGGUGUCAGCCCUGGAGCAAACCUCAGAGCAUGCACCGCUAGAUCAGCUGUGGGAGGAGAUGAUCCUGAGCCCCCUGCAACAGCGCAGGCAGAUUCGACGCAGGAGGGGCCGCAAACGCCACUGUGACUUCUCCCUUCACCUCCCCAAACACCCGCAUUGCCUCAGCGAAGCCUCUGAAUCUAGUCUGGAUGAGACUGCUGGCAGGAACCACUCCAAAAGCACAGCUGCCACAUGUAACUACAGUGAUUCGGAUGACAUGGUGAUAACCAAGGGCUGGCCUUCAGCAGCAGUGUCUUUUCGAUCGAGGCAGCAUUCGUGGCCAGAGUCAGAUUCAUUCACAGAAAACACAGCAGGCAGGCCCUUGCGUAGACGACGUAGAGUAAAACGUAUGACCUCGGAUAUGACAGUUCGCCUUCAGAGGAAGCUGAGAGUGUCUGGGAUGCAGCGAGGUGGACACUCCAAUAACCACGAACAUUAUCAGCAUCCACAUCAUCAUCACCAUACUCAUCAUUAUUAUCAUCAUCAUCAUCAUCAUCAUCAUCAGAGGCCAUCUAAGAAGCAAAGGCUUUACAGGAUGAAGAGGCGAUCGGCAGGCUGCGUGAGGGAGGCUGAGGGGUUAGCGUUAGCCAGUGUUGGAAUGAAAGGAUGGAAAAAUGGAACUGUGACAGAGGAGGGCUGGAAAGACAGGAUUUUGCAACAGGCCAAGGAACACAGAGUGGCAUCAGAUGACAACAUGUCAGAAUGUGAAACCAGCAGCGUGUGCAGCAGUGAUCCUGGAUUGUUCACCACUGAUGAGGGAAGACAAGGUGAUGAUGAACAGAGUGACUGGUUCUUUGAAGGGGAGUGUGGCUCUGGAAUUGGGGUCAAAGGCUUUCUGCCUAAUAGGGACCCUGACACACCCCCCAGGCCUGGGGGACUGGACACUGGGCAUGUGAAACACCCCUCUUCCACCUUCGUGAAACCACGCAGAUCCAGUCUAAGAGGCUGUCAUACCCGUAUGAGCCGUUUGCCAGCUGUGGCUGCCCGCUGUAUUAGGAAAGGCAGAAGGAGACUGUCUGGCAAGGAUAACAGUGUGACUGUUUCUGUGGAGAAAAUGCGAUGUUUAUCUCCAGAUCCUUACCAGAAAGAGCUUUGGCUACCGUCCAUUGGGAAACGAAACCGAAGUCAGCUGAAUCCUCCAUGCUCAUUACCCAUGUAUCGCACUGGAAUGAUUCCAGAAAGCUCCCAUCAGAGAUGCUCCUCAUUCAGCUGUAAAAACAGACAAACUAAUGUUCACAUGGGACCUGUGUGUGUGGGAGACAUUAAAAGGAGGAGGAGGAGUAUGGCUGCUCCCAGUGUCUCAGCACACCUCCCCUUCUGCAGGGAAGACACAAGUAAAGAGGCUUGUCAAGGGCGCGUCGGGACAAGUUCUCUUAGAAUUGAAAACGUUGUCGCCGGGCCCUUGACGUCUGGGCACCAGAGCUCCAUGAAUCAUGGAUCUUUACUCAGCAAGCACAGAGAGCCUGAGGACGACUGA